AUGCCGUCACAAUUACUUGACCGGUCGCAAUUCGACUCAAUUCCUGACACAAUCAAGGCCUUCCGAGAUGGCGAGUUCAUAGUCGUGCUUGACGACCCAGGGCGGGAGAACGAGGCCGAUCUGAUCAUGGCGGCCGAGGACAUCACGACGGAGCAGAUGGCCUUCAUGGUCCGGCACUCGUCGGGCUACAUCUGCGCGCCGCUCACGCCGCAGCGCACCGAGCAGCUCGACCUUCCCCAGAUGGUCGCGCACAACGAGGACCCGCGCAUGACCGCCUACUGCGUCUCCGUUGACGCCUCCGACGACGCCGUGACCACCGGCAUCAGCGCCCACGAUCGUGCCCUCACCUGCCGCAUGCUGGCCAACGACCAGGCCGUCCCCGACAGCUUCCGCCGCCCCGGCCACGUGCUGCCGCUGCGCGCGAGGCCCGGCGGCGUCCGCCAGCGCAGAGGCCAUACGGAGGCGGCGGUCGACUUCUGCCGGCUGGCGGGCAAGAAACCCGCCAGUGUGAUCUGCGAGCUGGUGGACGAUGGCGCCGAGGUGGAGGGCCAGGCUGUUCUGAGGAACGGUGGGAUGCUGAGGGGUGAGGGCUGCAUAGCCUUUGCGCGCAAGUGGGGCUUGAAGGUGUGCACAAUCGAGGACCUAGUCAUUCACCUAGAGAAGACAGAGGGAAAGCUGCCUACCAAUGGCUCAUCGUGA